AAUUACCUUCGUUUUAUGGUUGGGUUGAAACAAAAGCGGUUGCGUGACGUCUGUAAACGGUGGUUUUCCGGGUAAAACGGGUAAAUUAAAACUAGUUCGGGGGCUUCAUGCGCCAUGAUUCUGCUAUGGCAGGAUAUAGACAUAUUGUUCUAUCAAACACAACAGUUGUUUUGGCUUAAAAUUCAACAGUUUCUUUUAAAGAGGAGUGCAAGAGCAGAAACUGCCUUUUCAGUCUUGUCUGUUUUUUCCGCCAUAUAUUGAUUGAUGCAACUUUUUUUUUGAUUGAAGCAAUUUUUUUUUUCUUUGAACGAAUAAUGAAGACACAAAUUUACCUCCAUAUGGCUCCGCCCAGGGGAUACAAUUUUUGACUGAGGCAACAAUAUUGGCAUGACACCGGCGGGCGUACAAUAUUCAAUGGAUGACGAUCUUGGCGAAAAGUAUUGCCUAAGCACCCUGAUUUAGAAUUCCCCUCAAGAAUGAUGGGGAAACAAAAAAAAAAACACUCAUUUUCAACUUAUUAUUAUAAAUAUUUUUGUAAGUUAAUUUGAAUGCUGACACGUAUCAGGGUCAUCAACAUGUUGUGCCCCCUCUGCCCAAAAAGUCAACCUCCGCCUGUGCAGACAAUGCUCGUCAUUCAACCAAAUUGCAAUAACGCAUGACUUCACUUCCUCGGUAACGGCAUUGCAAAGGUGGGAAAAGUAAUUAAUCAUACACUCACAAAACAUAAAUAUCCAGCAAUAAAACCAGUAAUGCAAAAAUGUUAUGUUACAGUUAAGCAAUUUUAGAGACCCCAACUUCUUAAAAAGGGUCUCAAAAUGGCUGUUUAAUCACAAUCAAAAGCAUAAUGGCACCCCAAUGCAAUAGUAUGUGCUAAAAUUGUCUUCCACUGUCCUUCCAUGCAAGUUUUCAGUUGCUUUUGCAGUUUUCAUGUGGAUUCUGAUCAUUUUGACAUCAUUGUCAUUUUCAGCCAGCAAUUCUGUGAUUGCAAGGUCAAUGAAAAUGCUCCCUAAGUCGAUGCAAAACGCUGUUGUGAGGAUUUGACUUGCUGCCACCGAUUAAGUGUUUUCUGCCAGAAAGAGUAUAGCUGCACUAGAAACAAGGGGCACAUGAUGAUAGCCAUCGCACUAACACUUUAAUACGAGAUAGAACAUUCAUACCUGACUUAUAUACUAAACAAGCUUGACUCGUCACACAGACAGAGCUGAGGGGUGAGGUUUCGGGGAACUAAGCUAGGAGACUUUCAUCUGGUGAUCCGCUUAUCUCAGUUGAGAUGUUGUUUUCACAGCUGGGAACAUUGCAGGAGCUGCCUCAGUGAGUGACACCUCACACGCUGUCUGUCACUGUACAAUCACGACUGCACUAUUCUGUCAACAGGACUACACUCUGACCAUGUAUUUCCAGCAGGCCUGGCGAGAUAAGCGCUUGUCCUAUUCGGAGAUUCCCCUCAACCUGACCUUAGAUAACCGCGUGGCAGACCAGCUGUGGGUGCCUGACACCUACUUCCUCAACGACAAGAAGUCUUUCGUCCACGGUGUCACUGUGAAAAACAGAAUGAUCCGUCUGCACCCAGACGGCACUGUGCUUUACGGUCUGAGGAUCACCACCACUGCUGCUUGUAUGAUGGACCUCCGAAGGUAUCCGUUGGAUGAGCAAAACUGCACAUUGGAGAUUGAAAGUUAUGGCUACACAACAGACGACAUUGAGUUCUACUGGCGAGGAGGCAACAAUGCGGUAACGGGUGUGGACAAGAUUGAGCUGCCACAGUUCUCCAUCGUCGAUCACAAGCUCAUCUCUAAGAAUGUUGUCUUCUCAACAGGAUCUUAUCCACGCCUGUCUUUAAGUUUUAAGCUGAAGAGAAAUAUUGGAUAUUUCAUCCUGCAAACAUACAUGCCUUCAAUCCUGAUCACCAUUCUCUCCUGGGUCUCCUUUUGGAUCAACUACGACGCAUCUGCUGCCAGGGUGGCUCUGGGUAUUACCACUGUGCUGACCAUGACUACAAUCAAUACCCAUCUGAGAGAAACUCUCCCCAAAAUCCCCUACGUCAAAGCUAUUGACAUGUACCUCAUGGGUUGCUUCGUCUUUGUCUUUCUGGCUCUACUGGAGUACGCAUUGGUCAACUACAUCUUCUUUGGACGGGGUCCGCAGCGUCAGAAAAGGGCAGCAGAGAAAACCGCUAUAGCCAAUAAUGAAAAGAUGAGAAUGGAUCCAAAUAAGUGGCUGGUGGGUAGUGUGGUUGGCCGAGAUGACACCUUGUAUGCGAGGAUGAAACAAAGGGAUCUCGAUGGUCAUGACUCAAUGUGGGAACCCAUCUUUAUGGAUGAUGCAGCCAUCGGACUGGGCGACCAAAAAAAUAAGAUGGACCCCCAUGAAAACAUAUUGCUGAGUACUUUAGAUAUUAAGAACGACAUGGGAAUUUCAGAGCUGGCUUUGGGUCUCAAUGACCCGCGGAACACCAUGUUAACGUACGACAGCUCCACCCUGCAAUACCGCAAAGCAGGACUAGCCCGCCACAACUUUGGCCGAAACACGCUGGAGCGUCACAUGACGAAGAGGAGUCGACUAAGGAGGCGCACCUCGCAGCUCAAGAUUAACAUUCCAGACUUGACUGAUGUCAACUCCAUAGACAAAUGGUCGCGGAUGAUCUUCCCAACUGUCUUCUCCUUUUUCAACAUUGUCUACUGGCUUUAUUAUGUCAAUUAAGACAACAAACGAACAAGUAUUACUUCUUUUUGUUUUAUUUACGUGCGUUAUUUUUGUGUCGUAACAAUGACCGACGUACUACACCCAGGACUGCAUACAUCAUACCUAUGAAAACCACACUGACUUAGUGUACACAUAAAAAAAAAAAAAAAAAUACACAAGGGAGAAAAACAUAAAGGUGCCUGUUCUAAAGUUAGUUUUUUUUCCUUAAAAUUAAACUUUUUUUUCAUAUACUGUACAUAUAUAUUUUUUGUAUCGUUUAAAGUAUUGUCAGUUAUUGCCAAACGUUAUAUACAGUACAAGUGGGAAGAUGGAAUUUAAAUUAAUUGUUUUACUAUUUGUAUUGUUUGAAACUUGUGAAACAGGUCAUCUGAGAUGUGUAAAAGUAUUAUUUUACUACUAAAAAAAUGUUUUCUAUCAAUUUCAAAUAAAAACAUUUACCAGAUUUUUUAUUUACUGUAGAUCAAAGUAUAAUUCUCCCCCGCAAAAAAAGAAAUCUCAAACAGCAUAAAUUGCGCACACUAUGAAUAUUAAUUCAUGUUUCCAUAAUGGCACAUAGCAUACUAAUCCUACUACUGUGUGAAAAAAGUUUUGCACACAUACAUAAAAGCACAAAUAUUAGCUAAUUACAUUAUCCGCCCCUCAUUACUGUGUGAUUUCUUCUCCGAUCUAAUCAUUCAAUAAAAUCACAUAAUUUACCAUGAAGCAUAAUUAAAAAACAACAAUAUUUCUGUAUACUUGUGGUUGUAGUUUGUUAGAAAAGGGAUUUUAUAAGACAUUUUGCACACAAGAUCUUAAAAGCCAUAAAGGCUGCACCAUUGUUCUAAUGCUGGUGCUUGUAAAGUUAUAUUAUGUACUUACACGUCAUACUAUAUAAUCCUAUUUGCAUACGAACUUUAUUCAAACUUUUUAAAAACACUAAUUAAAAAUUAUAGAACAUAUUUCCCCAAAUGUAUUGAAUAUUUAGGCGAAAAAGAGGGAUUAAAAAAAUAUAUAAAUAAUAAAAUUUAAGAAACAAUAGGUACAGUGGGACGAAAAAGUAUCUGAAUCUUUUGGAAUUUCUCA